CUCUCCCCGCUGUUCCCCGCCGGGCCGCCAGGGGGUCCCGCAGGACGGGGCCGCGGGGGCUGCCGGGAGCAGCGAUCACGUGGCGGCACCGCCCCGCAUCCCUAUGGGAACGGCGGGAGCGGCGGUGGCGCGAGCGGCCAGCAAAGAUGCUGCUGUAGAUGACUGACUCACUCAUGCCUCAUGUGCUAUGGCUUUGCAUGGCCUCCGCAGGAUCAGAACAAGCUAAUCUGGGCUCCAAACAGGAGAAGAGCAUCCGGGUUGGGUCGGCCACCUUUCCAGCAGGGAGAACUCCGCUGUGCCUCGCCUGGCACCUGGUUCAGCAGCAGGUGAAACCCAUCUGGGAUUUAGAGAAGGCAUAUGUGAGUGCUUUCCAGGAUCACAGACUGCUGCUCUCAGGGAUCUCUCUGCAGCAAUCCUGCUUCUUGUGCCCACUGUCGCUAUGGCACAUACACUGCUGUGAAGACGCCCUCCAGAGCCUUCCCUUCGCCCAGACGUGCCUGGACCUGGGUGGGAGCGCUCUGUUCUGCCAAUGCUCUUGCCUCAGACCCAAGCCCUAUGGGUUUCCUUUCCGAAGCCUUCCGGACGCUGGCUCUGCCACCAUAAGGGUGAUGUCUUCCUUGCUGAUGGAGCCCUGCCUGCUGCCUGCACUGGUGGAGGAGCACUCCGGGACUGGGGUCAAAGGCUCUGCCCUCAGCUCAGCUCAGAAGGCUUCCAGCCUCUAUAGACCAGUGCUAAAUAAUUCUUUCCUACAGCCAAACAGUGCUGAAGUGCCUUUGCUGCAGUCUCCAGAGAUCAAGAAGGUGAAAACCACCUACAGCUUCCCUGUUGCCUCGUGGCCCCGCUCUGGGGACAAUGGGGACUGCUCCCCUGGUGGCUUGGUCAAGGAAGCAGUGAAAAGCAGUGACCUUGUGUUGGAGCAAAGCGCAGGCCCCUCCCUGACUCUUGCACCUAGUGAUGCAAUCCUCAGGAAGGACUGGUGUUCACAGGAGGAUGCUGAGAGGAGAGUGCACAGCUUACCAGCGAAGGAGCCAGAGAUCAGCCUGACAGAGGCUGUGAAGCAGCUGGCCAAACAGGCUGCCACACACAGGGGCGUUGGAUGUGAAGUUGAAAGCUCUGGCCUUACGACUGUGGGCAGCCUGUCCAACUGGAAAAGCAGACAGGGACAGCACGUUGUAGCACAGCUCGCUCUGAAAGAAUCCAUUGCUCCCCUGAACUUGGAGCUGAGUAGCCAUCACCUUAACAGUAACUCGAGCCUUAUAGGCAAUGACGGUGCCAUUGUCUGCACUAAGCUAAUCAGUGUCCAUCUCUUGGCCUCGCACGCUGGCUCUCUCAACCACAAUGCUGACUGCCAGCUUGUGAGCAUGCUGAGCCCGCGACCUGGGGACCAGAUGGCAGGAGCAGAGCCUCUGCACCUCACUGCCAUCACUGAAGUGGCAACUCAGAUGUCCUCCAUUCAACUGGAGAAAGAGGCCCAGGCUGUGCUGCCAGAAAAGCUCGAUGUUACUGCUGAGAAGUCACUGCUGGAGCCUACCCAUCCCCAUGGCGAAGAGGAGGAAGAACUUCCUGAUGGGCUGUACGAGAGCUGCAGCCAGGAGGAGGAGGAGGACAGUGACUCGGAUACUUCCUGUGAUGCUGGCGUGUCAUCCAGUGGCUCUGCGGCUCUAUCCAGGAACUGUAUUGGGUGCCUGGCGCAGCCUACUGGGGCUCAGGAGAAAGUGCUCAAACCUGCUCUUGUCUGCAGUUUAUUCCCUAAUGUGCCUCCAACCAUCUACUUCAGUACUCGGGACGAGAGAGUGGAAAAGCUGCCCUGGGAGCAGAGGAAGCUGCUGCGAUGGAAAAUGUGCACAGUCACACCGAACAUAGUGAAGCAAACGGUUGGGAGGUCCCACUUCAGAGUCAGCCAAAAAAGCAAUGACUGGCUGGGCUGCUGGGGCCACCACAUGAAAUCCUCCAGCUUCAGAGUCAUCAGGGAGCACCAGAAGCUAAACCACUUCCCUGGUUCAUUUCAAAUUGGAAGAAAGGACCGUCUGUGGCGCAACUUAUUGAAGAUGCAAGCUCGCUGUGGGAAGAAGGAGUUUAACUUCUUCCCCCAGUCCUUCAUCCUGCCCCAGGAUAUCAAAUUACUCAGGAAAGCGUGGGAGGAAGGAGCUAGCCGCCAGAAAUGGAUUGUGAAACCACCAGCAUCAGCAAGAGGCAUUGGUAUCCAGGUCAUCCACAAAUGGAGCCAGCUUCCCAAAAGGAGACCGCUGCUGGUACAGAGAUAUCUGCACAAACCCUACCUCAUCGGCGGGAAGAAGUUCGACCUGAGGAUCUACGUUUACGUCACUUGCUACGAUCCCCUCAGGGUCUACCUGUUCAAGGAUGGAUUGGUUCGCUUUGCUAGCUGCAAGUACUCCACUUCAAUGAAGAGCCUCAGCAACAAGUUUGUGCACUUGACAAACUACAGCGUGAACAAAAAGAACACGGAGUACAAGUCCAACUCAGAUGAGACUGCAUGUCAGGGGCACAAAUGGGCACUUAAAGCUCUCUGGAGUUACCUGACCCAGAAGGGGGUUAAUAGCGAGGCCAUCUGGGAGAAGAUUAAAGACAUCGUUAUCAAAACCAUCAUUGCAUCUGAGCCCUACGUGAACAGCCUGGUGAAGAUGUAUGUGCGGCGGCCGUAUUGCUGCCAUGAGCUGUUUGGGUUUGAUAUCAUGCUGGAUGAAAACCUCAAGCCCUGGAUUUUAGAGGUCAACAUUUCCCCAAGCCUUCAUUCCAACUCCCCACUGGAUGUGAGCAUCAAGGGCCAGAUGAUCCGGGACCUCCUCAACCUUGCCGGCUUCGUUCUGCCCAGCACAGACAACGUGGCCUCAAGGCCACAGACGAGAAGUAGCUCUGCCUGCAGUGCUUUGAAGGAGAAGCCUAAGCCAGCACCUGAGCAUUUAAUAGCAGAGAAGAUGAAGAAAGCCUAUUACUUGACGCAGAAGAUACCUGACCAGGAUUUUUAUUCUUCUGUGUUGGACAUCCUGACCCCAGAUGAUGUUCGCAUCCUGGUGGAGACAGAAGAUGAAUAUUCCCGGCGUGGGCAGUUUGAGCGGGUGUUCCCCACCCAUAUCUCCAUGCGGUACCUGCGCUUCUUCGAGCAGCCUCGUUACUUCAACAUCCUGGUGACCCAAUGGGAGCUCAAAUACUACUUGAAUAAACACAAAGGUCUGGAGCUACUGAAGAACUGGUGUGUCAAAGGGUACCACACUGGGGCAGGAACCGACUUGGCCCAGAUGUGGUCACUGCCGAAGUCUUUCUUCUUCCAGAAGAACAACGUUCAAUUAGAUGGCUUCAGCAAACUGGAAUUGGGCAGACUGGGCAGACUCCUCCCUUCCACUGGAGAGGACCUCAUGAGAUGUCAGGAGCCCACCCCUACUCAGAGCUUACCUCUCAACAAAUGCACUGGUGAAGCUGACCAGAAACCUGCUGGCUGCCUCUCAGACACUGCCCUGGUGAUGUGAUCAGGCAGCUGCUGUCCCUCCCUGCGGACACCUCAACCUACCUCAACAGAAGAGACAGGAGCUGGCUCUGGAGAACAAGGACUGUGGAAGCCCCCUGUGCUGCACACUUGCUUGUGGGGCUACUGGGCAGAGGGGAGAGCUGUGUGACUUCCAUUUUUAAAACAAAUGGCAAAGCCUUGGGAAUUUGA